GAAAGUAAAAUAAAAUGGCGACGCUCAUUGACAACUAUGAACAACAAUACGCCGUUUUGACAGCUGAUAUCACUGCCAAAAUAGGAAGAAUAUCGGUUUUGAAUGGCAGUGAAAAAAGGCCGUUUAUUCAAGAUGUUGACCGAGAACUCGAAGAAGCUCAAGAACUGCUCGAACAAAUGGAAUUGGAAGUGCGGGGAGUUUCUGGAGCUGGCAGAGAUCGCCUUCGAGGCAGGGUCGAAAGUCACAGAGCAGAGCUUAAAAGGCUGACUCAGGAAUUUGAAACGGCGAAGAAGCCAAAAAGUGAAAUCGUCGAUUUGGGCUUAGAAGAAUCUUGGAACAAUGGCAUCACCGAAGAACAAAGAAAAAGGUUACUUGAUGCGUCUGAAAGGGUAGAUCGAACCGGUAGAACAUUGCAAAAUGGUUAUCGCAUGGUCCUUGAAACAGAAGAAAUUGGUACCCAAGUGUUGAAAGACCUUCACGAUCAAAGGGAAACGAUCCAAAGAAGCAGAGGAAGGUUACGAGACACAGAUGCUGAACUGGGCCGAGGGUCUCGUUUGUUAUCCGGAAUGAUUCUCAGGGCUCUUCAGCAAAGAUUAAUUUUAGCUGUGGUAACACUCGUGCUUAUAUCAAUGGGCUGCUUCGUAAUAUACUACAGUUUUAAAAGUUAAACGCUAAUUGGUAUGUAUCGACUGACCAACGAUAGAAAAUUAUGGAUCCGUGUGGAUCGAAUCCUACCUGCAAUUUCAUUUUUAAAGUUCGCCUAAGUGCAUGAUUCUACCCACAAAACCGUCUCGAAGCGCCUUCACCAAGUGACUUUUAAAUUUAUUUAUAACAUUCCGUCACAAGUCGAAUACGAGUCACGAUUUCUCUAUCACGAACUUGGACUGUUGUCAUUCACGUUGAGGCAAAAUCGUUCAAACCACAAGCUGUCGUUUUUAAAUCGAUUGACUGAAUAGGAAAGCUCUUAAAAGCUUGCGUGAUACAAUCGCGACAGUGGCGAUUCUAGUCAUUUGAUAAACAUUCCUUUAGUAUUAAAACAUUAAUUCUCUCAAGGAAUAUAGAAAGGAAAUUUAUUUCUAUUAAGAGAAUUUUUCCAAUACGUCUUAUAUCCAUUUUAUAAGAAAUUUUACGUUUUCCGGUAUUUACAAUUUUAGUAAAAUUUUACAUUAAAUAAACAAAUUUGCGUUUUACUUGUGUUUUAACUAUGGUUUUACAAUAUAGGAUACAUUUAGUGUUCAUAAAGUGCGUGUUAUUAAACAUAAACUAUACUAUGGACUGCAGCGUUUAAAAUUAUAAAUUAAUAAUGUUUAAAAUCGCAUUUGUUAAUGAAGACAAAAUAAGUUAAGAACAAGAACAAAAAGAAUCAAUUUAGUCCAUUUCUUAUAUCCAAUCAUGGUUUGCUCAUAAAAUAUACUCUAAUGGGAAUGGUUAAACUGCACUACGCCACCCGGUGACAAAAAUUUGAACUAGAAAGAAUAGACACAAUUUUAAAACCAUCUAAAACAAAGUGUUUUAGAUGGAAUUUACAUAUUAUACAGUGAAAACCACACUUUUUGUCAGAAAUAUUUUUCUAAAAAAAAGAAUUAUUAUAUAUAUUGUAAUUUU